ACAAAGAUGGCAGGAAUAGGAAGCAGCAACUACUGGGAAGAUCUGCGAAAGCAGGCCAGACAGCUGGAGAAUGAACUUGACCUGAAGUUGGUCUCCUUCAGUAAAUUGUGCACUAGCUACAGCAGCUCCAGGGAUGGACGCCGAGGAGACACGUCAGACACCACCCCCCUGCUAAACAACUCUACUCAGGACAGGAUGUUUGACACCAUGUCAGUGGAGAUUGAACAGCUGCUGGCCAAAUUGACUGCAGUGAAUGACAAGAUGGCCGAGUACACCAAUGCCCCAGGAACAGCUUCUCUCAAUGCUGCACUCAUGCAUACACUUCAGAGACACAGAGACAUCCUUCAGGAUUACACACAUGAAUUCCACAAAACCAAAGGCAACUUCUUGGCCAUUCGGGAGAGGGAAGACCUGCUAGGGUCCGUCCGAAAAGACAUUGAGACAUAUAAGAGUGGCUCCGGGGUCAACAACAGAAGAACAGAGCUGUUUCUAAAGGAGCAUGAGCACUUGAGAAAUUCGGACCGACUGAUGGAUGACACAAUAAGUAUUGCCAUGGCGACCAAGGAGAACAUGACCUCCCAAAGGGGCAUGCUAAAAUCCAUACAGAGCAGGGUCAAUACACUGGCCAACCGUUUCCCCACUAUUAACAAUCUCAUCCAGCGAAUCAACCUGCGGAAGAGACGGGACUCCCUCAUCCUUGGCACAGUGAUCGGCGUCUGCACCAUUCUCCUCCUCCUCUACGCUUUUCACUGAAAGCCAGGCCCGGUGAAAUCUCUGAAGGAGCAGGAUUGAUCUGUUCUUUGUAGCUUGGGAGCCCCAGGAAACUGAGCUCAGUGAUAGGAGGAGCCUGGAGGCCCCUGAGCAGGAGAACUUUCAGUUGGUCCAGUUCUGGGACAGGAACAAAUUUGGCCAACAUGAACUACUGAACUUGUAUCUAGCAGUGGGACAGAUGGAGGGCUGGUGGUUGGGUGCUCUUCUGCCAACAAGGGAAUGGAGACCAAAAGUACAGAUAAGACUAGAUUUUAAAAAAUUAUAUUGAUAACUCUUGAAGAGAAACUCUGUGAAAGUGUGACUGUGUGAUGCAUAAUUCUUUUUCACAGGUGGAAGGAUUUUUAGUUGAAUGGUCCUUUUUUAAUUAAUCGUGUGGGAUGGAUAUUUCAUUGUGGGCUGUAAAAUGUGAAUUAAUAAAUUAUUCAUAUCAGUAUGUGCAAAAAAAGUGUGUGACACUAUUAGAUACACAACAUUUAAAUCAUUUUAUUUUUCAAAAUAUAUGAUUUGAACUCUUGAGCCCACUCAUUUUUGAGUGAGUCUAACUACAGAUGCCACAGCAGUGCUCUUAAAAAUUAUUUUAUAUUUUAAACAUGCCCUGAAGCCACUUUCUUUAUUUCCUUUUUUAAAGUGGUUUUGAGGCAUUUUAUACCUCUAGUAUGGAGUUGACAUGAGAGGGAGAGAUGGGGAAUACCAUGAAACAAAUGUCCUUGGCCAGAUUUGAACCAUAGAUGUUGUGGUUCAUGGUCAGCACCUUAAACUUUUAGGUCACCAAGGUGUCCCGCUCCCACUAAAAUUACAUUUAGAGCUGAAUUAAUGCAUAUAACAGAAAAUGAAUCAACAAUCAUUUUUACUUUGAAUUGAUUAAUUACUAAUGUAAUUUUUCAAACAAAAAUUCCCUAGUGUGGAAGUUUGCUAGCUUUCCUUUCCUAAAAUACAGUAAACUGAAUAUCUCUGGGUUUUGCACUGCUAGUGGACAAAUAAACUAUUUGGAUAUCUCAUAAAGGGUUCUGGGAAAUUAUUAUUAUCGACAAUUGGUCGAUCAUUCAACAAAAAUAAUAAGAUAAAGAGAUAAAAAAAAAACAAAAACAAAAAAAACGUUAGUUGCUAUUUCCAUUCAUAUCAGCAUUUGCAAUUACAUACUUUUUGGAUUUCACAAGAGCAGCUGAAUACAUCUCUCUUCAAUAAGCAGUUAUAGAAUAUGUCAAAGUAUUAGGUAGAGGGCUGCUACAAUACUUUGUUUUUCAGUUUGCAUUUCUUCUUGGUUUGGUCACUUUUCCAACAGGCUCCAUCAGUUCUACACACAUGCAGACUGUUGAGUCACUGUAAAGAGUGGAUAUGGAAAAUGACACUUUGCGCUGCUUUGAUAAUGCACUUUUCCCAGUAUAGUGUGCCUGGCAGAAUGGACCUCUUUUUGAUUUCAGUCCACCUGAAAAACACGGUGACAUGUGCAGUUGAAGCUGUGAACUAAAGCAUUCACCCGAGAAGGAAAUGAUCGCAGACGGGCUUAGAGCUGUUAGAUUAAAGUCUUACUUUGUUGGUUGGGCUGUAAGGAAUGUGAAAGCAAGGCAGCUGUGUGAGAACCAUCAAUGUGUUUUUGUCUCACAGCUCCAGGCUGCUACUUGACUGGAAUCCAAAUAAAACGGUUUCACUUCAAUGGACUGAAGAGGAUAAAUUUGGUUUCUUGUCCUCAUUCCUUCUGUUUGAAGCCUUGCUCACAAAGAAAGACUGAAAGUAUAGAAAACUUGGCAGUUUUGUGUAAAAUGUUCAUCCGCCAUUUUUAAAGGAAGAGUCUUUUCUCUGUUUUCCAGCAGUCAGACAACAGUUGUCAUCUUUCCCUGAAUAUCUUACUUCCUUUAGGAGGGAAACCCUGUGCUGAAGUCUAAAUUUGGUUCAGACAUGUACACGCUGUCAGUAGACUGCAGGGGUGCUGAUGCAUUCAACUCUUGAAUAUUUCAGCCACUCAAACUGUGCGGCACCCAAGCAGAACUAAGCACCAGAUCCUCUCACUUAUACGAGCCGCGCUACAGUAACUUUUGACAAGCACAGAGUCUGUUUAUUCAGAGCAGCUGAAAUGUAAGACAGUAGUCUGGUCCUCUGUGUCUGUGAAGAAAAUCAGGUACCUAUUUUAAGCAGCGUUUUUGAAAACUAAAAGCAGGGAUAAAUCACUUUGUCUGAUGACAUAAUGCCCCCUAUCAUUUCCCACAGAAAUAUUUAUUGAUGAGUUGCGAGUUAAGUGUUAAAUGUUAGGUUUUAGCAAAUCAACCCAUUUGUUUUUGCAAUACACUGAGACACUCUUUGUACAUGAAACCCAUAAGUAAACCUUACCUUUUAAUAGUAAGGUCACUUAUGGAUUUCAUAUGCCUGUAUGUGUCAUGGUUGUUAUGUUUUCAGGAUUGCAUUAGGUCACAACUCUGGAGUUUGUGUGUUGUGUGUGUUUGUGUGGGGAGCUGGCUUUAAAAAUGGAAAACCUGCCACUAAUUCUUCAUUUUAUUUAUUUUUCUCUCUCCCAUCUAUAGUCUGUACUUGUAGCAACCAUGAUAAAUGGUGUUUGUGUUUGCUGAGGCACAAUUGUGUAUCAGGACCUGAUGAAUGCACAGGGUUUAGAUGAUAAUAAAAGCAACAGCCGUACAAAAUAGUGCCAUCCAAUACAACAGUACUUCAGACUGCAGCCAUAACACAGUCCCUUCGAUUCAGUCGCAAUAAAACUGAACUUUACCCAUAAAUACUACAUUCACAAAUAUAUUUUAUUCUAUCACAUUGUACUGGUGUAGCUCUUAUUCCAUCCAUCCCCUGUAUCUAUGUGAGGUAAGUGAAAGAAAUUGUGCUUACUCACAUGCUUUUGAUGUUUCUACCUUUUCUAAGGGACAUUACCAUUUUGUAUCACUGACAGUCUCCAUAUUUUUUUUUUCUUUUUGCAGCUGUUCAAAAUGUGCACUUACUAUUCUGUAUCCCUUGUCAACCUAUGUCAGUCUGUCUGUCUGUCCACCACUUUGGUCCAGACUGAAAUAUCUCAACAACUAUUGGAUGAAUGGCCGUAAAAUUUUUUACACACAUUAAUGAUCCACACUGGGGUGAAGCCUCCUGACUGUGGUGAUUCCCUGACUUUACCUCUAGUGCCACCACGAAGUUGACAAUUAAAAAAAAUAAA